CACGUAGAUUUGUAGAAAAUAAUAUUCUUUACAAAGCUUGAUACUUUGAAACUAAAAAUAGGGUGUGGGUGUGGGUGUGGGGUGGGUGUGGGUAGGUUAAGACAAAAUCACACCCACAUCCCACAUCCACACACCCACACCCACACCCACACCCGUCUAAUAGUUAACAAUCAUGAUGAUUAAUGUAGUUAUUCUGUAAUUACAUUAAGAUAUAUGCAAAGAGUAAGAAGAGAUUCGAAACUUUCCAUAGGAAAUGAAACAAUCAAAUACGUUCUAGAUUUUUAUAUAUUUAUUAAUAGGUUAAAGUAAAACGUUUAAUUGGUAAAAAAAAAUAAUCUCGCCGAAAAGAACUUGUAAAUGAUAAAUCCAGAACAAUUGAAAUUCAUUUAAAUCGACAUUCCAAAUCGAAUUUAUAUUCCUUAUCAAAUCUAGAAAUAAUUCAUCAAUUAAAUUGUCGAUAUAAUCAAAUAGAUGAUAGUUUAUCAAAUCGAACAGGAGCAUCAUUAUCUCCAUCAAUAGGUGAUGCACCAACUGCUAAUCCUAAACAAUCUUAUAUAUUAGAUUUAAUACAUAUAACAAAUGCUCAUCUUGAUAAUAUGGACAUUACUCAACAUUUAUCAUCAUUUUAUUGUGAUCAAGAUAAUAGUGCUAUUCUAUCGAUUUUAUUAAAUAAUAUAUCGAUUAAUAAACAACCAAUGAAAUCAAAUUAUUUAGAUUUUGAAAAUAUAGAAAAAUAUCUUGAAGAAAAUCAAUGUGAUUGUUAUCGAAAAUAUUUUCGUCGUAUUGUAUUAUCAGCUAUUGUUAUAAAUACAUUAUCAAUGGGUAUUGAAUAUCAUGAACAACCUCAAUCAUUAAUAAAUGCAUUAGAAUAUUGCAAUUUAGUAUUUACAUCAUUAUUUGCUAUUGAAAUGAUUUUAAAAAUAAUUGCUGAUGGCUGUCUUUAA